CUCCACGCCAUAGCACAUAUAAACAGUAGUAGUGUGAUGGAGUCAAGCAGCGACUCGGGGCGGCCUGCUUCCAACCUUGAGAAGGAGGCAAACGAGGGCGUGCAAGACCUCGCCUCGGUCAGGCGUCCCAGCCUGCUCAUGGCAGCAAGCUCCGGCAAGUGGCAGGAGCUGCGAGAGGAGAUCCUGGGCAAGGAGAAAGGAGCGGCGGUGUCGGUAUCGCUGAAGCCUCGUCAAGUCGUCAUCGACUUGGCCAGCGGCGAGCAGGACGACGACUCCGCGCUGGAAGUCAUCACGGAGGAGGCGGACUCCGCGCUCCACGUGGUGGCAGCCGCGGGGGAUAGCCCGAGCUACCUGAAGAGCGCGAGGCUGAUCUACGGCAAGGCCAGGCACCUGCUGGCCACGCGCAAUGGCAAGGGAGACACGCCGCUGCACUGCGCCGCCCGGGCCGGGAACACCAAGAUGGUCGCCUACCUCAUCGAGCUCGCCGAAGGCGAGGACAACGGCGGCGGCCGUGAGAAGGUGAGGGCUUUCCUGAGGACGCAGAACAUGCGCGGGGAGACGGCCUUGCACGAGGCCGUCCGCUUCGGCAACAUGGACAUGGUUCAAGCACUGGUGAAAAGCGACAAGGAGCUCGCCCGUGUGGUUGCAAAAGAUGGCACUUCGCCGCUGUACCUCGCCAGCUCGUUGGGCCAUCACAAAAUUGCUGACGAGCUGCACAACGCCGACGACGAGCUGUCCUACUCGGGCCCCGAUGAGCAAAAUGCCUUGCAUGCUGCUGCUCUCGACGACAAAAAAAUGACGAAGUUACUGCUGAAGUGGAACAAGGCCCUUGUCAAACAAAGAGACAUCCAUGGAAGUACACCACUGCACUUCGCUGCGUCCGCAGCAGACCCCAGCCUCCAAUUUACACUCUUCGUUUUCACUGCGAGCAAAUUCGAGCGUUACUCCUUCUUCUCCUACUUUUUACCUCAGAAAUGCUUAACCAAAUUCUACGAGUGCAUGAAUCUUCCACUGGCCCAGCUGCUCAAAGUCGAUCCAUCUUCAGCCUUCCAGCCGGACGUUCACGGGUCGUUUCCGGUGCACGUCGCUGCGUCGGCGGACAGCAUGGUGGCCAUCAUUAUCCUGCUCACAAAAUACCCUGGCUGCGCCGGAUUGCGCGACGCCAAGGGGCGGACCUUCCUCCAUGUCGCGGUGGAGAAGAAGAGGCUCCACGUCGUGGAAUUUGUGUGCAAUUGCUGGCGAUCUUACAAGUCGGUAGUGAACGUACAGGACAAGAAUGGGAACACCGCCUUGCACCUAGCUAUCAUUGCUGGGGACGUGGACAUAUUCAGAUGCCUCGUCAGGAACAGCGACGUCCACAUAAAUUUGCAGAACAACGAGGGGAAAACUCCCAUGGAUCUCGCUCAGGGGAAAGUUCAAUCUGGAUUUUACUUCGGAAUGACUGCACAUCGUCGGAUAGUCGGCAUGCUAACCUUCGCAAAUGGUCUGACUGCCAACCGCCGGCGCGAUCAGAUAACGGAGUACAACCAGAGUCUGACCCCAGAAGAUGAGAAGACGGAAUCAACCAAGAUCACGGAGUUCGCGCAGAUCGUGGGCAUCGGCUCCGUGCUCGUCGCGACGGCGACGUUCGCGGCAGCCUUCGCCAUUCCCGGGGGCGUCGGGGGACCUUCCGGGACGCCGGUGCUCGCCGGGCUGUACGCCUUCGACGGGUUCGUGAUCUCCAACACGCUGGCUUUCAUGUGCUCCACGCUAGCCACCUUCAGCCUCGUCUACUGCGGGGUCGCCGCGGUCGACAUACAGAGCCGGCUCAAGCUGGUGUCCUUCGCCCUGGCGCUGCUGCUCUGCGCGGCGCGGACCUUCUGCGCCGCCUUCGCGUUCUCCCUGUACCUGCUGCUGAACAAAGUGGAGCGCGGGACCGCCAUCGCAUCCUGCGUGAUGACAUCGCUCGCGUUGCUCGACGGGCUCUGGUUUCUGCUCGCGAGCUUCAACGACACGACGGUCCUCGUGAACAGGAGAAUCACUUGGACGGUGCUGAAAUUGGGAACUGGGUUCCUAGCCAACAUCACAUAUCUCUUCUGGCCGUACCUCGUAAUCUUCGGUUACUUGUCGCUUAAUAACCAGGCAUACUCCUGA